AACAUGUACUGUGUAUAAAACACCGCUUGACGUCCUGCUCCGGAAAUAAUAGAUCCACCCUUCUACUGCGGCAACUGUGCGUGCUGGGUGCGGUACGACACCACAGACAAUACAGCAUGGCGCACAGCAAGCGCAACACCUCGCGCGCCGUCUUCACCUCGUAUGAGCGUGAAUCCCUCAAGUCCUCCUGGGGCUCGCAGUCCACCCGUCUGUCGCGAGACUCCUUCCUCCCGUUCGGAUCCUGCUCCUUGUGCCUUCUGCCCGCCGUGGACCCCGUGUGUUGCCCGCACGGCGACCUCUUCUGCCGAGAAUGCGCAAUGACAAAUCUACUCGCCCAGCGGAAGGAGAUCAAGCGGCUGGAGAAGGUAGCGGAGCGGUUGAAGGAAGAAGAGGAGGAACGCAGACUCAGAGAGGAGGAAGAGGCGAGACAACGAGCCGUGGAGGAGUUUGAAGCCGUCCAGAUGGGCCUGGAGUUCAAGAUUGGCGCAGGUACCAAGGUAGUGGGCCGAGAGGGUGGCAAAGUCGUGGUCGAAAAGGAGGACGAAGGAAGAGAAGGCCAACCCAGAGGCACGAAGCGAAAGUUCGAAAUCGACGAGGAGGAACUGAUGCGCAUUGCAAAAGAGGAACGGAGCCGCGCAAAGCUGGCCAUUGAUGCAGAGAGGAAGGCCGCCAAGGGGCAUCUUCCUAGCUUCUGGGUGCCAACGGAAACACCAGACUCGAAUCGCAAGCCCAUUGCCAAGAUUAAGCAAUCUCCUACCUGCCCGUCUAGUGAUCCGGAAAACCCGCAUCCGCUUUCCCUCAAAUGCUUGACCACGGUCCACUUCACGGAGGAGAAGUCCCCAGGAUCCGAGAAGCCCGUACGCACGUGCCCCAGCUGUCGAAAGACGCUUUCGAAUGCUACAAAGGCUGUCCUAGCAAUACCCUGCGGCCACGUGUUGUGCAAGCCUUGUGUUGAGAAGUUUCUCAAACCGGAACACCGGCACCAUAGGGACGCGCAUGAUGAAGAGCCUGAACCCGAUAUGAUACACUGCUAUGUUUGCGAUGCAGACCUCAGCCCGGGCCCUGAAAGCAAGGAGAAGGAGGGAAAGAAGCACAAAAAGGGGGAUGAUAGAGCUCCCAAGCCAGGUCUCGUUGACAUUAGAACGGAGGGUACUGGAUUCGCCGGGGGUGGGAAGAACGUGGUGAAGAAGGAAGGAGUAGCAUUUCAAGUUUGAACAACAAUAUAUGAUACCCAAGGCAUGCACUUAACGAUAUCUAUUAACGACAUGUAUUAACG